AUGCCAACCCUGGUAACUGAUGUUAACACUGACUGUCUGCCCUCUCCCCCUCUUACUGUCUCUCUCUAUUUAUCUUUUAAUAUCUGUUUUAGUCUGCCCUCUUCUGUUUUAGUCUGCCUCUCCUUUUAUUUAGCUCUCUUACUGUCUCUCUGUUUUAGUCUCUCCCCUCUCUGUCUUCUGUUUUAUUUAUUUAUCUCUUACUGUCUCUCUGUUUUAGUCUUCCCUCUCCCUUUUAUUUAUCUCUCUUACUGUCUAUCUGUUUUAGUCUUCCCUCUCCCUUUUAUUUAUCUCUCUUACUGUCUCUCUGUUUUAGUCUUCCCUCUCCCUUUUAUUUAUCUCUCUUACUGUCUAUCUGUUUUAGUCUUCCCUCUCCCUUUUAUUUAUCUCUCUCUCUGUUUUACUGUCUCUCUCUCUCCUUUUUUUAGUCUUCUUCCUCUCCUUUUAUUUAUCUCUUUACUGUCUAUCUGUUUUAGUCUUCCCUCCCUUUUAUUUAUCUCUCUUACUUCAUCUGUUUUAGUCUCCCCUUUUAUUUAUCUCUCUUACUGUCUAUCUGUUUUAGUCUUCCCUCUCCUUUUAUUUAUCUCUCUUACUGUCUCUCUGUUUUUAGUCUUCCUCUCCUUUUAUUUAUCUCUCUUACUGUCUAUCUGUUUUAGUCUUCCCUCCCGUUUUAUUUAUCUCUUACUGUCUAUCUGUUUUAGUCUUCCCUACUGUCAUCUGUUUUAUUUAUCUCUCUUACUGUCUCUCUGUUUUAGUCUUCCUCUCCUUUUUUAUUUAUCUCUCUUACUGUCUCUCUGUUUUAGUCUUCCUCUCCCUUUUAUUUAUCUCUUACUGUUCAUAUCUGUUUUAGUCUUCCUCUCCUUUUAUUUAUCUCUCUGUUACUGUCUAUCUGUUUUAGUCUUUUAUUUAUUCCUUACUGUCUAUCUGUUUUAUCUUCCCUCUCCCUUUAUUUAUCUCUUACUGUCUAUCUGUUUUAGUCUUCCUCUCCUUUUUAUUUAUCUCUCUUACUGUCUAUCUGUUUUAGUCUUCCCUCUCCCUUUUAUUUAUCUCUUCUUACUGUCUCUCUGUUUUAGUUUCCUCUCCUUUUAUUUAUCUCUCUUACUGUCUCUGUUUUUAGUCUUCCUCUCCCUUUUAUUUAUCUCUCUUAUCUGUUUUAGUCUAUCUGUUUUAGUCUUACUGUCUCCCUGUUUAUUUAUCUCUUACUGUCUAUCUUCUUCUUCCUCUCCCUUUAUUUAUCUCUCUUACUGUCUAUCUGUUUUAGUCUUCUCCCUUUUAUUUAUCUCUCUUUUCUCUGUUUUAGUCUUCCUCUCCCUUUAUUUAUCUCUCUUACUGUCUCUCUGUUUUAGUCUUCCUCUCCCUUUUAUUUAUCUCUCUGUCUAUCUGUUUUGUCUAUCUUCUUCCUCUCUCCCUUUUAUUUAUCUCUUACUGUCUAUCUGUUUUAGUCUUCCCUCUCCCAUCCCUUUUAUUUAUCUCUCUUACUGUCUAUCUGUUUUAGUCUUCCCUCCCUUUAUUUAUCUCUCUUACUGUCUAUCUGUUUUAGUCUUCCUCUCCCUUUUUAUUUAUCUCUCUUACUGUCUCUCUGUUUUAGUCUUUCCUCUACCCUUCUUCCCUCUCCCUUUUAUUUAUCUCUCUUUUUUAUCUGUUUUUAUUCCUCUCCUCUCUUUACUGUCUAUCUGUUUUAGUCUUCCCCCCUCUCCUUUUUAUUUAUCCUUUUUAUUUAUCUCUUACUCGUUCAUCUGUUUUAGUCUCCCUCUCCCUUUUAUUUAUCUCUCUUACUGUCUAUCUGUUUUAGUCUUCCCUCCUUUAUUUUUAUUUAUCUCUGUUUUACUGUCUCUCCUUUUAUUUAUCUCUUUACUGUCUUCUGUUUUAGUCUCUCCCUUUUAUUUAUCUCUUUACUGUCUAUCUGUUUUAGUCUUCCUCUCCUUUUAUUUAUCUCUCUUACUGUCUAUCUGUUUUAGUCUUCCUCUCCCUUUUAUUUAUCUCUCUUACUGUCUAUCUGUUUUAGUCUUCCCUCCCUUUAUUUAUUUAUCUGUUUUAGUCUUCCCUCUCCCUUUUAUUUAUCUCUCUUACUGUCUAUCUGUUUUAGUCUUCCCUCUCCCUUUUAUUUAUCUCUCUUACUGUCUAUCUGUUUUAGUCUUCCCUCUCCCUUUUAUUUAUCUCUCUUACUGUCUCUCUGUUUUAGUCUUCCUCUCCCUUUAUUUAUCUCUCUUACUGUCAUCUGUUUUAGUCUCCUCCUCCUCCCUUUAUCUUUUUAGUCUCUCUCUUUAUUUAUUGUCUAUCUGUUUUAUCUUCCCUCUCCCUUUUAUUUAUCUCUCUUACUGUCUAUCUGUUUUAGUCUUCCCUCUCCCUUUUAUUUAUUUCUUUCUCUGUUUUAGUCUUCCCUCUCUUUAUUUAGUCUUCCUCUGUUUUAGUCUUCCUCUCCCCUUUUUAUCUGUUUCUCUCCCUUUUAGCUGUCUCUAUUUUUUAGUCUUUAUUUUUUCCUCUCCCUUUAUUUAUCUCUCUUUUACUGUCUCAUCUGUUUUAGUCUUCCUCUCCCUUUAUUUAUCUCUUACUUCUUCCCUCUCCUUUUUUAUUUAUCUCUUACUGUCUAUCUGUUUUAGUCUUCCUCUCCCUUUUAUUUAUCUCUCUUACUGUCUAUCUGUUUUAGUCUUCCCUCUCCCUUUUAUUUAUAUCUCUCUUACUUCCUCUCCCUUUUUAUUUAUCUCUUACUGUCUAUCUGUUUUAGUCUUCCUCUUUUAUUUAUCUCUCUUACUGUCCAUCUGUUUUAGUCUUCCCUCUCCCUUUUAUUUAUCUCUCUUACUGUCUAUCUGUUUUAGUCUUCCCUCCUUUUAUUUAUCUCUCUUACUGUCUAUCUGUUUUAUCUUCCCUCCCUUUUUUUAUCUCUCUUACUGUCUAUCUGUUUUAGUCUUCCUCUCCUUUUAUUUAUCUCUCUUACUGUCUCUCUGUUUUAGUCUUCCCUCUCCCUUUUUUUAUCUCUACUACUGUCUAUCUGUUUUAGUCUUCCUCUCCCCCUUUUAUUUAUCUCUCUUACUGUCUAUAUCUGUUUUAGUCUUCCUCUCCUUUUUUUAUUUCUCUUACUGUCUAUCUGUUUUAGUCUUCCUCUCCUUUUUAUUUAUCUCUUACUGUCUAUCUGUUUUUAGUCUUCCUCCCCUUUUUAUUUAUCUCUUACUGUCUCUCUGUUUUAGUCUUCCCUCCUUUUAUUUUUCUCUCUUACUGUCUAUCUGUUUUAGUCUUCCUCUCCUUUUUAUUUAUCUCUCUUACUGCCUAUCUGUUUUAGUCUUCCCUCUCCCUUUUAUUUAUCUCUCUUACUGUCUAUCUGUUUUAGUCUUCUCCCUUUUAUUUAUCUCUCUUACUUCUUCCUCUCCCUUUUAUUUAUCUCUCUUACUGUCUCUAUCUGUUUUAUCUUCCUCUCCCUUUUAUUUAUCUCUCUUACUGUCUAUCUGUUUUAGUCUUCCCCCUUUUAUUUAUCUCUCUUACUCUCAUUUCUUUUUAUUCCUCUCUAUUUAUUUUCCUCUUUAUUUACUGUCUCUAUCUGUUUUAUCUGUUUUCCCUCUCCCUCUUACUUUCUCUGUUUUAUCUCUCCUUUUAUUUACUGUACUGUCUAUCUGUUUUAGUCUUCCUCUCCCUUUUAUUUCUCUCUCUUACUGUCUAUCUGUUUUAGUCUUCCUCUUUUUUUUUUUUAUCUCUUUCCUAUCUGUUUUAGUCUUCCCUCCCUUUAUUUAUCUCUCUUUACUCUCUUCUUCCCCCUUUUUAUUUAUUUUACUGUCUAUCUGUUUUUUCUCCCUUUUAUUUCAUCGGUUUCAGUCUUCCUCUCCCUUUAUUUAUUUGUCUAUCUGUUUUCUCCCCUUUUAUUUAUCUCUCUUACUGUCUAUCUGUUUUAGUCUUCCCUCUCCUUUUAUCUGUUUUAUCUCUUUACUGUCUAUCUGUUUUAGUCUUCCUCCUCCCUUUUGUUUUAUCUCUCCUUUUAUUUGUCUCUCUGUUUUGUUCUUCCCUCCUCCUUUUUUUUAUCUCUCUUGUGUCUCUCUGUUUUUAGUCUUCCUCUCCUUUUAUUUAUCUCUUACUUCUUCCCUCUCCUUUUUUUUUUCUCUCUUACUGUCUAUCUGUUUUAGUCUUCCCUCUCUUUUAUUUAUCUCUCUUUGUCUAUCUGUUUUAGUCUUCUCUCCCUUUUAUUUAUCUCUCUUACUGUCUAUCUGUUUUAGUCUUCCCUCUCCCUUUAUUUAUCUCUCUUACUAUACUAUCUAUUUUAGUCUUCCUUCUCCUUUUAUUUAUCUCUUACUGUCUAUCUGUUUUAGUCUUCCUCUCCUUUUAUUUAUCUCUCUUACUUCUUCCCUCUCCGUUUUAUUUAUCUCUUACUGUCUAUCUGUUCUUUUAGUCUUCCCUCUCCUUUUAUUUAUCUCUUACUGUCUAUCUGUUUUAGUCUUCCUCUCCCUUUAUUUAUCUCUCUUACUGUCUCUCUUCUUCCCUCUCCUUUUAUUUAUUAUCUGUCUCUCUGUUCUAUCUGUUUUUAGUACUGUCCCUGUUUUAGUCUCCCUUUUUUUAUCUCUCUUACUGUCUCUCUGUUUUAGUCUUCCCCCCCCUUUUAUUUAUCUCUUACUGUCUCUCUUUUUAGUCUGUCUUCUCCCUUUUAUUUAUCUUUCUCUUACUCACCUCUCCCUUUUAUUUUAUCUCUCUUACUGUCUAUCUGUUUUAGGUCUUCCCUCUCCCCUUUUAUUUAUCUCUCUUACAGUUUCUCUAUUUAGUCUUCCCUCUCCUUUUAUUUAUCUCUCUUGUCUCUCUGUUUUAGUCUUCCCUCCUUUUUUAUUUAUCUCUCUUACUGUCUCUGUUUUUAUCUUCCCUCUCCGUUUUGUUAUCUCUCUUUCAUCUAUCUGUUUUAGUCUUCCCUCUCCUUUUAUUUAUCUCUCUUACUGUCUCUCUGUUUUAGUCUUCCUCCUUUAUUUAUCUCUCUCUUACUGUAUCUGUUUUAGUCUUCCCUCUCCUUUUAUUUAUCUCUCUUUACUGUCUAUCUGUUUAGUCUUCCUCCCCUUUUAUUUAUCUCUCUUACUGUCUCUCUUCUUCCCUCCCUUUUGUUAUAUCUCUCUUACUGUCUCUGUUUUAGUCUUCCCCUCCCUUUUAUUUUUCUCUUACUGUCUACUGGUCUUCCCUCUCCUUUUAUUUAUCUCUCUUACUGUCUCUCUGUUUAGUCUUCCUCUCCUUUUAUUCCAUCUCUUUACUGUCUCUCUGUUUGGUCUUCCCUCUGCCUUUUUUUCUCUCUCUUUGUCUAUCUGUUUAGUCUUCCUUCCUUUUAUUUAUCUCUCUUACUGUCUAUAUUUUAGUCUUCCCUCUCCUUUUAUUUGUCUCUCUCUUACUGUCUCUCUCUCUGUUUUAGUCUUCCCUCUCCCUUUUAUUUCUCUACUGUCUCUCUGUUUAGUCUUCCCUCUCCCCUUUAUUUAUCUCUCUUACUGUCUCUCUGUUUUAGUCUUCCCUCUCCCUUUUGUCUUUCUCUUACUGUCUCUCUAUUUUAGUCUUCCUCUCCCUUUUUAUUUAUCUCUCUAUCUUUUUUGUCUUCCUCUCUGUUUUGGUCUCUCUUCACUGUCUCUCUAUUUUACAGUCUUCCCUCUGAUUUAUCUCUCUUACUGUCUCUCUGUUUUAGUCUUUUCCUCUCCCUUUUUUUAUCUCUCUUGCAUGUCUAUCUGUUUUGUCUUCCCUCUCCCUUUUAUUUAUCUCUCUCUACUGUCUCUCUGUUUUAGUCUUCCCUCCCCUUUUUAUUUAUCUCUCUUACUGUCUGUCUGUUUUAGUCUUCCUCUCCCUUUUUAUUUAUCUCUUUACUGUCUAAUUGUUUUAUAUCUUCCUCUCCCUUUAUUUAUCUCUUACUGUCUAUCUGUUUUAGCUCCUCUCUCCCUUUUAUUUACUUCUCUUACUGUCUCUCUGUUUAGUCUUCCCUCUCCUUUUAUUUAUCUCUCUUACUGUUGGUUUAGUCUGCCCUCUUUUGUCUCUCUCUUUAUCUUCACUAUCUGUUUUAGUCUUCCCUCUCCCUUUUAUUUAUCUCUCUUACUGUCUCUAUCUGUUUUGGUCUUCCCUCUCCCUUUUAUUUUAUCUCUCUUACUGUCUAUCUGUUUAGUCUUCCUCUCCCUUUUAUUUAUCUCUCUUACUUCUCUCUGCCUUUUUUUUUUAUCUUCCCUAUCUGUUUUAUUUAUCUCUUUUAUCUGUCUCUCUAUCUAUUUUAGUCUUCUCUCCCUUUUAUUUAUCUCUCUUACUGUCUCUGUCUCUCUGUUUAGUCUUCCCUCUCCCUUUUUUAUCUCUCUUACUGUCUAUCUGUUUUUAGUCUUCCCUCUCCCUUUUUUUAUUUAUCUCUUACUUCUUCCCUCUCCCUUUUUUGUCCUCUCUUCUGUCUGUCUGUUUUGUCUUCCCUCUCCCUUUUAUUUAUCUCUCUUACUGUCUAUCUGUUUUAGUCUUCCCUCUCCCUUUUAUUUAUCUCUCUUACUGUCUCUCUGUUUUAGUCUUCCCUCUCCCUUUUAUUUAUCUCUCUUACUUCUUCCCUCUCCCUUUUAUUUAUCUCUCUUACUGUCUAUCUGUUUUAGUCUUCCCUCUCCCUUUACUAUCUGUUUUAGUCUGCCCUCUUUUAUCUCUCUCUUACUGUCUAUCUGUUUUAGUCUUCCCUCUCCCUUUUAUUUAUCUCUCUUACUGUCUCUCUGUUUUAGUCUUCCCUCUCCCUUUUAUUUAUCUCUCUUACUGUCUCUCUGUUUUAGUCUGCCCUCUCCCUUUUAUUUAUCUCUCUUACUGUCUAUCUGUUUUAGUCUUCCCUCUCCCUUUUUUUUAUCUCUCUUACUGUCUAUCUGUUUUAGUCUUCCCUCUCCCUUUUAUUUAUCUCUCUUACUGUCUAUCUGUUUUAGUCUUCCCUCUCCCUUUUAUUUAUCUCUCUUACUGUCUCUCUGUUUUAGUCUUCCCUCUCCCUUUUAUUUAUCUCUCUUACUGUCUAUCUGUUUUAGUCUUCCCUCUCCCUUUUAUUUAUCUCUCUUACUGUCUCUCUGUUUUAGUCUUCCCUCUCCCUUUUAUUUAUCUCUCUUACUGUCUCUCUGUUUUAGUCUUCCCUCUCCCUUUUAUUUAUCUCUCUUACUGUCUAUCUGUUUUAGUCUUCCCUCUCCCUUUUAUUUAUCUCUCUUACUGUCUCUCUGUUUUAGUCUUCCCUCUCCUUUAUUUAUCUCUUUACUGUCUAUCUGUUUUAGUCUUCCCUCUCCCUUUUAUUUAUCUCUCUUACUGUCUAUCUGUUUUAGUCUUCCCUCUUUUUUUUAUCUCUCCUUACUGUCUAUCUGUUUUAGUCUUCCUCUCCCUUUUAUUUAUCUCUCUUACUGUCUCUCUAUUUUAGUCUUCCCUCUCCCUUUAUUUUCUCUCUUAAUGUCUCUCUCUUUUAGUCUUCCCUCUCCCUUAUUUUAUUUCUUCUCUCUUAUCUGUCUAUCUGUUUUUAGUCUCUCCCUCUCCUUUUUAUUUAUGCCCUCUCUUUUAUUUACUUCUUCCCUCUCCCUUUUAUUUAUCUCUCUUACUGUCUAUCUGUUUUUUGAGUCUUUCCCCUCUCCCUUUUAUUUAUCUCUCUUACUGUCUAUCUGUUUAGUCUUCCUCUCCCUUUUGUUGUCUCUCUUACUGUCUAUCUGUUUUAGUCUUCCCCUCUCCCCUUUUUAUUUAUCUUUCUUUUUCCUCUCUUCUUCCCUCUCCCUUUUAUUUAUCUCUCUCUCUUACUAUCUUUCUGUUUUAGUCUUCCUCUCCUUGAUUUAUCUCUCUUACUGUCUAUCUGUUUUUGUCUUCUCUCUCCUUUUAUUUGUCUCUUUCUGUCUCUGUUUAGUCUCCUCUCCUUUUAUUUAUCUCUCUUACUGUCUAUCUGUUAGGCCUCCUUCCUUUUACUUAUCUCUACUGUCUCUCUCAGUUUUAAUCUUCUCUCCUUUUAUUUAUUCUCUUACUCCUUCCUCCUUUUAUUUAUCUCUCUUACUGUCUAUCUGUUUUAGUCUUCCCUCUCCUUUUAUUUAUCUCUCUUACUGUCUCUCUGUUUUAGUCUUCCUCUCCUUUUAUUUAUCUCUCUUACUUCUUCCUCUCUCUUUUUUUAUUUAUCUCUCUUACUGUCUAUCUGUUUUAGUCUUCCUCUCCUUUUUAUUUAUCUCUCUUACUGUCUCUGUUUUAGUCUUCCUCUCCUUUUUAUUUAUCUCUCUUUUUGUCUCCUCUGUUUUAUCUCUUCCUCCUCCCUUUUAUUUAUCUCUCUUACUGUCUAUCUUUUUAGUCUUCCCUCUCCCCCUUUUAUUUUUAUCUGUCUCUACUUGUCUCUCUUUUUUAGUCUCUCUUACUCCCUUCUGUUUUAUUUCUCUCCCUUUUAUUUGUCUCUAUCUGUUUUUAGUCUUUCCUCUCCUUUUAUUUAUCUCUCUUACUGUCUCUCUGUUUUAUUCCUCCUCCCCUUUUAUUUAUCUCUCUUUUGUCUCUAUCUGUUUUAGUCUUCCCUCUCCUUUUAUUUAUCUCUCUUACUGUCUAUCUGUUUUAGUCCCUCCUCCCUUUUAUUUAUCUCUCUCUUACUGUCUAUCUGUUUUAAUCUUCCCCUCUUUUUUUUAUUUAUCUCUCUUACUGUCUAUCUCUUCUUCCUCUCCUUUUAUUUAUCUCUCUUACUGUCUAUCUGUUUUAGUCUUCCCUCUCCCUUUUAUUUUAUCUCUUACUGUCUUAUGUUUUAAUCUUCCCUUCCCUUUUAUUUAUCUCUCUACUGUGUUUCUGUUUUUUUCCUCUCCCUUUUAUUUAUCUCUCUUACUUUCACCUAUCUGUUUUAUUCUUCCUCUCCCUUUUAUUUAUCUCUCUAUCGUCUAUCUGUUUUAG